GCGAGAGAUGGGGGAGGUCGGCCAAUGGCGCGGAGGAGGGGCGGGAGGAAGGGCAGGUGCGGGGACAAUGAGUGGAAAUGAGGAUGAGUGGCUGGCUCUCAAACCCCAGGAACCUUCUCCAUCCCAGUGCUGUGGCAGCGGCUGCAAACCCUGCAUUUAUGAUGUAUAUGAGAUGGAUCUUGCACGAUGGGAAAGGGCCAAAGCAAAGCAAGACAAAAGCCUCCUCACGGAAAAGAAGGAGCAGAGCAAUAAUUCAGAACUAAAUCCAGAUACAUUUACUGCAUUCAACAUAAGCUCAGUGGAGCAGCUAACAGAGGACACCUACCAGUACAAAUUUGAAUUACCGGGAAAUAGCAGUCUGCGAUUGAGUUUAGGACAACAUAUCGUGUUAAGAGGAGAGGUGAACGGUUUGGAGGUCCAGCGAGCCUACACUCCGAUUAGCCCAAGGAAUGCAGAAGGUUACUUUGAAGUUUUAGUGAAAUGCUAUGAAGCUGGGCUAAUGUCACAAUACAUAAAAACUUGGAAAAAAGGAGACACAAUCUUUUGGCGUGGGCCGUUCGGAGGGUUCCCAUAUCGACCUAAUAAGCACGGAGAACUCCUCAUGCUGGCUUCUGGCACUGGCCUUGCACCAAUGCUUCCCAUUCUCCAGUCCAUAACAGAUGAUGAAGAGGAUGAAACUUUUGUAACUCUUGUUGGCUGCUUCCGUACAUUUGAAACAAUUUAUUUGAAACCUCUUCUCCAGGAUCUGGCUCGAUACUGGAACAUCAGAAUAUUUUACGUUCUAAGCCAGGAAACGUCACUGGAAAAACUUCCUUGGAGCUAUCAGGAAAACACAUACACUAGUCGCCUAAAUGAAGACUUGAUGAAGACGAUAAUAAAUUCCUGUCGAAGAAAGCCAUUCGUACUAAUUUGUGGCUCUUCUUCAUUCAGUGAGGAUAUGAGGCGAUAUCUGAAAGCCGCAGGGAUUGAAGAAAAUUCCUGUUUUGUCUUUUAAUAGGAUAUUCCUGACCUAAGGAACCUCAGGCCAAGCCUUGGACAUCCUUGUUUCAAGACAUAGUUUAUCGAGAUGACUGAUUCUGAGCAGAGUUCCUUGUGCAUAUACUUUCAUAGGCCUUUGGAUCAAGUAUUUGCCUCCAUUAUGAUUCUCAAUCUUGAGAGUGUUUUAAGGAUCAGGUGGCCUUCUAGAAUGACUGCUACAACCACCCAUAUGUCAGGGAACAGCACACUAAUUUCAAUGGAAGUCUUCACAUGCAAUUUUGAGAGAGAUCUCUUAACGGUACUAAGAAACAUCCCAGUAUACAGCUCUGCUGUAACGUGAAGACUAAUGACUCGUUUUGAAAUCCAUGUUAGUCUGCAGUGGUAUUGUGCCCUGUUAAAGGUACCCUGGGGAGAUUUAAUCCUCAGGGCGAAGAUUGCAUGGCCAAAGGAACAGCAGAGCACUGGCACAGCACUCUGCAGUCUGUGGGGUUCACAUAGUUGUGUUGUUAUCUUGCUGGGUGAUACUAGGCAAGUCACUUCAGCCCCUCUGUGACUCAGUUGCCUUGUAGUACACUAAUAGGGGGAUGCUUUCUGUAAAGAGCCCUUUCUUAAAGAUAUAUAUGAGGAUGGAAUUACAUGUGCUGUCCAGUGAGGACUUACACUGCCUGCUCUGAACCUUAACCUUCAAAGUGCUGCCUGGGGGGAGAAAGGGAGUGUCCUAAAUGUCGUUGUGAGAAGCCAUCAGGGCUAUAGCUGCUAUCUGUCCGGGAAGAUGGCUCUCUGCUUUUCACAUCCCCUAAGUGUUGUGUAACAGCCCUGGUUCAUUAAAUCAAAGUUCUUUCCAA